UGUGCAACUUCAAUCUGUCGCACAGUGCAAUUACAAAGCACCCCAUGGAAUCCGGGGUUGUUUCCAAGUCCUCCAGAUGGUUAUUCUCAAAUAAGAACUUGUUCAAGUUAAGCUUUCCGUGCUUAACUCGUUCCACACCCAAAUCAUUACCAGCUAUGGAAAUUGGCACUACUACUACACCUCCCCUGAUUAGGCAUUCCAACGUGCACAGCGCAAAAGUCGACGAUGACAAGCUCAAAGAUGUUUUUGAUCACUUGGAUGUUGACAGAGAUGGUAAAAUUUCAAGCAAGGAGCUAAUGGAUUACUUUGCAUCCGUAGGGGAAUCCGUGAACCAUAAAGUGGCUAAGAGUGUGAUCAAUGAGUUUGACUCUGAUGGUGAUGAGUUGCUUGAUUUCGGGGACUUCGUCAGACUCAUGAAGCAAGAAGACAAUGGUGAGUUGGAGGAUAUUCUAAGAAGUGCAUUUGAGAUGUUUGAGGUUGAGAAAGGCUGUGGGUGCAUAACGCCCAAAGGCUUGCAGCAGAUGUUGCGUCAAUUAGGAGAUGUGAAAUCUCACGACGAGUGUGCGGUCAUGAUUCGAGCCUUCGAUCUUGAUGGCAACGGAUUCCUUGAUUUUCAUGAAUUUCAGCUGAUGAUGUCCUCAGCUAAUUAGGUUUUCCCCUCUCAUGAACUUCACUUUAAUGAGAGAAACCGAACACCCUUUUUCUUCUUCUUCUUUUUCUUUGACGUAAGACACACGGUUUAUUAUUGUGAAGACUGAGGUUGGGGCACCAGUUGUCUGUCAUUUUUUAGCCAUAGUUUUAGCUUGUCGUUUUUUUGUGUCACGAGUUCGCUUCCGUCUUCCGAAAGAUAUUAAGACUUGUUUGCUAUUCAAGA